AUGCAUUCGAGUGCUUCCAACCUUGCCCUCCUGGCGCUGGCCGCCGGUGCCAACGCCCAGCUGAACCAACUUGCUGUGGCUGCCGGAAAGAAAUACUUUGGCUCUGCAACAGACAACGGCGAGCUUGACGACACCGCCUACGUUGCCAUCCUGAGCGACGCCGAUGAGUUUGGCCAGAUCACGCCUGGUAACACCCAGAAAUGGGAAUACACCGAGCCUGAGGAGGGCACGUUCAGCUACACCGAGGGUGAUGUGAUUGUCGACUUUGCUCAGAACAACAGCCAGAUCGUGCGUUGCCACAAUUUGGUCUGGUACAACCAGCUGCCCGCUUGGAUAUCUUCCGACUCUUGGACCAAUGACACUCUCACAUCCGCUAUGACCACUCAUAUUACCAACGAAGUCACUCACUACAAGGGCGAAUGCUACGCGUGGGAUGUCGUGAAUGAGGCUCUCAGCGACAGCGGCGGCUACCGUGACAACAUCUUCUACGAGACGAUUGGAGAGUACUACAUCCCCAUUGCCUUCUCGACUGCGGCGGCUGCCGACCCCGACGCCAAACUCUACUACAACGACUACUCGAUCGAGUUCACCGGCACCAAGCUGACCGAGGCCCUGGCCAUCGUGGACCUGAUCCAGGGUGCCGGCGUCCAGAUCGACGGCGUGGGUCUCCAGGGCCACUUCAUUGUCGGAGAGGUCGGCAGCGCGGACGCCCUGGCCGCCGUCAUGAACCAGUUCACCGCCAAGGGCGUCGAGGUCGCCUACACCGAGGUCGAUGUUCGCCACCUUACCGUGCCCGCCAACGACUCACAGAUCGAGCAGCAGGCUGUCGACUACGCCUCCAUCGUCAAUGCUUGCCUGCAGGUCGACGACUGCGUGGGCAUCACCGUCUGGGACUUUGACGACAAGUACUCCUGGAUCCCGUCCACUUUCAGCGGUGAGGGUGAGGCCUGUCUCUACGACGAGAACCUCUCCAAGAAGCCUGCCUGGACAUCCGUGUCCUCCGUUCUCGCUGCUGCCGCCACGGGCGGUGCUUCUGCGGCUACGACUACCGCUGCUGCUGCCGUGGCUGCCACUACCAGCAGCGCUGCUUCUGCCUCGGCCACCGGCGGUUCCGCUGCCCCUGUUUCGACUGCCAGCGCUUCCAGCUCUGUUGUUGUUCAGUCUUCAGCUGCUGCAGUGCAGUCUGUUUCCAGCUCUGCUGUGGCAUCUUCUGCCCCCGCCAGUACUGUUUCGGCGGCUGCCCUUGCUACAUCUCCAGCAGCGGGUUCUUGCGUCAAGAAGACCAAGACUGUCUACGUUACUGCGUCUGCCUAA